CAAACGUCAUAACAAAUGUGAGUCAUGAGUUAAAAGUUUGUCGGUAAAUUAUCAAUUUUAAAAGCUACAGUACAAGUUUUAGCGAUAAAUUCCAAGACGAAAACCAGUAACAUGAAUUCCGGCAACGUACAAACAACAGACACCGUGUUAAACACUUUGGAACCUGCGGUGAGAUUAAAACAAUUGAUUGAUUACAGCAAUCAAGUCGAUGUGGGUCCCCAUGUACCUCCUAUAAGGUAUUACCGAUCCGGUCAGGAAAUGAUUCGAAUGGCGAACGUUUAUUACAAAGAAGGAAGCUUAGAGAACGCCUACGUGUUAUAUUUAAAAUUCAUGACUCUAUUCCUGGAGAAGAUCCGCAAACACCCGGAGUUUCGCACCGUCUCCGUCGAGGCCAAGUCCAAAAACCAGGCCACCUUACGGGAAAUCCUCCCCCGAGCGGAGAAAAUAAAACAACAAUUACUCGAACAAUACACCAUCGAUUACAAAAAAUGCGUAGCCGAAAGAAAGCAACUCGAGCUCGAAAAGAAGAAGAAAUCAGAAGAAAAAACCAAACACGAUUCUCUACCGACACCAUCACCACAUCCUAGUCAACAGGUGUCUCUCGGAGUCAUCAAACCACCAGGAUUAGAUAAUGUUAUCUAUCCCGAUAACCUCGGAAUGGAAAUUCCCAGCGCCCCGCCGCCCACGACCACUCACCUCGACGUGAGCGGAACGCUCACUCCAACGGUAGAUCGAUCAUCCAAACCACUGGAUGUAUCGAUACAAGCCAGGUACGAUGUGAGUACAUUAAGAUCCGUUGUAGUGCCCGUCCAAGUAAUGACCCUUUUCCUAGCCAUGGCCCAAUCGAAUACAUUCAAUAACGUCGAAACUUGCGGUAUAUUGGCCGGUAUGCUGGAGAAAAACGAGUUGAUUAUCACCCAUAUGAUAUUGCCCAAGCAGAAGGGCACGUCGGAUUCCUGUGUGACUACCAACGAGGAGGAGAUAUUCGAUUAUCAGGAUCAACACGGUUUGAUCACGUUGGGUUGGAUACAUACUCAUCCCACUCAGACUGCGUUUUUGUCUAGCGUGGAUUUGCACACGCAUUGUCCUUAUCAGUUGUUGAUGCCCGAAGCUAUUGCGAUCGUUUGUUCUCCUAAAUAUAACGAAACUGGUAUUUUUAUAUUGACUACAACCGGGCUGCAAUUUAUUGCUAAUUGUCGACAAACUGGAUUCCAUCCUCAUCCGACUGAUCCACCGUUAUUUAUUGAAGCUGAUCAUGUAAGAAUCGAAAACAACGCGCCUCUCGAAGUAUUAGAUCUGCGCAAUAAGUAAUACAAGAAUAUUCCAAAGAGCUUUUUAUAACUAGCGAGUAUGAGCUUUAUGUGAGUGGCUUUUUUUGUAUAAAUAAUUUAUUAUCUAUAAAACACAUGUGCUUUAGCUGUGAUGGAACGUUCUAAUCAACGCUCCCUAUAUAGAAAGAACAUUUAAAUAAAGUUUUUAUUUUAUUAUAUCAUAUCUCAACGGGGUGGAAUUAACAUGGCGAAUUUAUCCUAAUUAGUUUGUGCUUCUAAUAUCUUUUAUUCGCUUAAUAUAAUACAAUUGCUUAUCACAAACGAUAAAAUCGGUAUUUAUACAAAAAUUACUUGUGUUUGCCUACACUUUGUUUGACUAAAUCCAGCACAAACAGUAAUAUCAACGUUGAUCUAGAAAAUGUGAGGUGUUGCUUAUCUUAAUCGUAAUUGAAGAACCAUUUUAUAUCUGAAACGAACGAAAAUUAAAUGAAUUAUAGGACGAUUUCAUUUGGUUAAAUAGAAAUAUCGAGACAAUUCGGUUUGGUUUUCAUGCAUCAGGCAUUUCAUGCAGGCACUUACGGGGUUUAGUUUUAAUUUUUAAUCCUCUAAGGACGUUCUAAUUUUUAAUAGGGUCAUUUGUUGCAUUUUUGGAUGAGAAUCGGCGGGUUUCGACAUCUGAAAAUUGCAUUUACAGGGCAUUUUA